AUGGCAACAUUCGACUGGCAUUCAGAGAGGACCGACCUCUCCAAUCUAGCAUUAUUGGAUCGUGCUCCUGAAAGUGAGGGAAUCGACCUUCGUGCAGUACGUCUCUAUAGAUUAGGCAGGGUCCGAAGCCAGAUGGCAAAAUAUAGCAUAGACGCUCUCAUCCUCUCCGAUCCGAUUAACAUUCGCUACGCUACUGGGAGCCGGAACAUGCAAGUUUUCAGCAUGCGCAAUGCACCAUCUCGCUACCUACUGCUCACUGCAAACCGCUCUAUAUUGUUCGAAUUCACAGGAUGUCUUCACUUGGGCCAAGGCUACGAGACCGUUGACGAAGUACGUCCUUCAAAAACAGCGAGCUUUGUGGCUGCUGGUCCCAAGAUCGAGGAGCGUGAGCUCCUGUGGGCCAAAGACAUGGGAGAGUUGAUUACUGCACUUGCUGGCAAGUCAGCAACGCUAGGUUUGGAGCGCCUCAAUGCCAAUGUGGCCGUCGCGUUAAAGAACCUCGGGUUCAACAUCGUCGACGCUCAAAGACCCGUCGAGAUGGCGCGAGCCAUAAAAUCAGCCGAAGAGAUCAAGUGCAUUGUUGCAUCAUUGCGUGCAACCGAAGCAGCUGUUGGUCUACUGCGCGACGCAAUCCGUCCAGGGAUCACCGAGACUGCGCUUUGGUCAGUCCUCCAUCAGUCUAUCAUCGCCCAGAAUGGAGACUACUGCGAGACACGGUUGCUAAGUGCUGGCCAGCGCACAAACCCAUGGUUUCAAGAAACGGCAAGCUACGUGAUCGGUAAAAAUGAACUCAUUGGCCUUGAUACGGACGUUGUCGGCUGCCAUGGUUAUUACUCAGACUUCUCCCGGACCUUUCAUUCCGGGCCUGAUAGUCCAACCGAGGCGCAGCAGGAGCUCUAUAAGGCGGCCUACGAGCAGGUGACGCACAAUAUGAGCAUUCUGCGGCCUGGAUUAACAUUUCGCGAAUACGCGGACCUGGCAUGGGAUAUUCCGGGAAAGUACUAUGCGAAUCGCUAUUACCUCUCGGCACACGGCUGCGGAAUGACGGGGGAAUAUCCAUACCUCUACCACCGCGGCGACUUUCCUGAUGCUGGCUAUGAUGGUGUCAUUGAAACCGGGAUGGUCAUCUGUGUGGAGAGCUAUAUCGGCGAGGAAGGUGGCUCUCAAGGGGUAAAGCUUGAGCAGCAGGUUUUAAUUACAGAGACUGGCAUUCAAGUUCUGUCAAAAUUCCCCUUCGAGCAAAGUCUGCUGCAAUAG